GCAUCAUUCGGUUCUGCAGUGACCAACCAAAGCCAAAGCCACAGGGAUACCAGCUUUUACUCUUUAAACCGCUAAAUCGCUACAUCAUUAAAUAACUAUGCACAAGAACAUCAUUUGGUACGGAGCUGUGCUCCUGGUCGUUUACUUCACCCUGGUGUUUUGCGAGGAGACGAAGAACGAGGAGGCCCCGGCGCAAUUGGAUAACCAAGUGGAGGACACAUGGGAAAAUUUCGGCCGUGACCUAAUGGAGUUUGAGGGACGUACUCGCCGCCAUCGCCACCACAUGUUCUGGUAUCGUCACCUGUGGCCCAUUGCCAUUGCUUACUGGAUCAAGGUGAAAGUGGUAAUCGUAUCCUUCUUUGUGGGCAGUGCCAUUUACUUGGGUCUGCGCUAUUUCUGGCCCCAUGCCAGGUGCAACCAGGAGAUCAUCCUGGAUCAUCCUCCUUCGUCUUUCUCCCAUCACGAUCACAUUCCCUACUCUCUGGACCACGAUCACUCGGAGCACUAUGAUGCACCAUCAUCUUUUGACUCCAGCGCCAGUUUCGAGCCCUAUUCCGGAUACAGCAGCUAUGCAGGAUCGGACAUAGUCUCUGAUGUGCAAGGCGACUACCAUAACGAAUCUCCCUCUUCCUCUGGACCAAGUGGCCCAUCUGGUAUCGUGGAUACCCGUCGACGCGGCAAGCGUAGCACUGCGGAUGAGCAGGAUGAGCAGGAGGAGGAGCAGGUGGAGAUUGUGGAUGAGGAAAUUUCAGAGAGUGUGGCUCGCCAAAUGCCCGCCGAAGAGCAGAUUGCCGAUUUUAUGUUCGCCUUUUUGGGCCUGGACUCCAAGGCGUGCCGACGACGAUUCGUCUGUGAAAUGGAGUUCAGAUCCAAGUUGAAUCCCAUGACCAGCAUGGCCUUCCGCAUUGUGGGUCGCGGAUUCUUUGAGAAGUACACCAAUGCCAGGAACCCAAUGGCCAGAGCCACCAGCUUUGGCGAGUGUGCUGCCGUCAAUCCCGAGUGCGUUUUCGUCGAGAACGAGAAUGCCGAGGAAACUCAGGAGUCGGCGGGACAUCAGGAGGCGGACCAACAAGAAGCUGAACAGCAACAGGAGGAGCAGGCAGCCACCGAGGAAUCAGGAAGCGAGGAUUCGCAGAAUGAGAUCAACCUGCAGGCCGAAAGGCGACAUGCCAAACACAAGAAUCGCAAACUAAGCUCCAUUGCCGAGCACAUCUUGAUGCAGUAGAACAGCCUUGUCUAAUUAAACUAUUUAAUUGUAUUUAUUUAUUUUAGCUAUAAGAGUGAAUAACGAACACAAAUAAACUUGCCUCAAUCUAUGUAUGGAAAGUG